CCCACUCGCCACUGGUCUUUCAUUUGCCGAACCCACUUCGAGGAAUUUGUAUCUGAUCCAUCCAUUGCAGUGAGCGAUGGAACGAGAGAGAUGAAAACGAAACCCAUUCCUGAUUCUACCUUCAACAACAACAGCGGUUAAUUCCUUCGGAUUACUCGACAACAGUGUUCCCUUUUUCAAUCUUUGAUGAACUGUUCGUAUUUCAUGAUCUAUAUCUGAAUUACGUCUCUGCUUCAACUCUGGCGGAGAUUCAGCGAAAAUCAAUUUGAUACGAACAGGAAAAUUGCCGACGGUUGAGGGGGCAGAUUUUGGAAGAGGAAGAUUAUACAUUAUUGAUAAAUAGUUGACAGACGGUAGUGUGACGGAGAUGAAGGGCGGCGGUGGCGGAGGGAGUGGAGCUUCUGCUUAUGGAUUUCCGGCAAAGAGGCGAUGGAAAGGACUCGUGAUCGGAGUUCUUGGCCUCGUUUUCCUCUCAAUGCUUGUGCCUCUCGUGUUUUUGCUCGGUCUCUACAAUGGCUUUCACACUACGGCAGGAUAUGCAUCUGACUCGCAAAGUUCAAAACCUGGGUUUCAACCUAGUCAUGUAGAUGACAUAAUCAGAAAAUUGGGACCAACGCUUCCAAAGGACGUAUUUCAGCCCAAUGCCAUUGAACCUAAGAAGGAAGUUGAAGGUUUCAUAGAUGAGAGUCGGGAAACAAAAGAACCUACAGGUUUACAACCUUCAAAAGUUGAAGAGAAGCCUCCAAAAGUUGAAGAGAAACCUCCAAAAGUUGACGCUCUUCCAACGCAUACCCAUGAAAAUGGUACCAAAGUUGAUGGCAAAGUUCAGGCUACCCAUCGCAUGAUUGCCAUGGACGAAAGUGGAAAACCAUGUGAAUGGAAGUUUGGGAGCUAUUGUAUUUGGCGAGAGGAAAAUAGAGAAGUUAUUAAAGAUUCUAUGAUAAACAAAUUGAAGGAUCAGCUUUUUGUUGCUCGAGCGUACUAUCCUAGCAUUGCAAAACUUCCAAAACAAGGCAAGUUAACUCAAGAACUGAAGCAAAAUAUUCAAGAGCUGGAACGUGUCUUGAGUGAAUCAACCACAGAUCUUGAUCUUCCACUACAGAUAGAGAAAAAGUCGCUGAAUAUGGAAGCUGCAAUAGUCAAAGCUAAAUCAUUCCCUUUGGACUGUAAUAAUGUGGACAAAAAGUUGCGACAAAUAUAUGAUAUGACUGAGGAUGAAGCCAGUUUUCACAUGAAACAGAGUGCCUUUCUCUUCCAACUAGCUGUUCAGACCAUGCCAAAGAGCCUGCAUUGCUUGUCUAUGCAGUUAACUGUCGAAUAUUUUAGGACUGAUUCAACCAAUUUGGAGCUCUCUCAGGCCGAGAAAUAUGCAGAUCCCACUUUGUACCAUUAUAUAAUAUUCUCGAAGAAUAUACUUGCAUCCUCAGUGGUUAUCAACUCAACAGUUUCACAUGCAAAAGAAAGUGGAAAUCAGGUUUUUCAUGUAUUGACUGAUGGACAGAAUUACUUUGCCAUGAAACUCUGGUUUUUGAGGAAUAGCUAUAAGGACGCAACUGUUGAAGUAUUGAACGUUGAUCAUGUUAAGCUUCAUGAUGAAGAAAAUGCAACUUUUGUAUUGCCUCAAGAGUUCCGUAUUUCAUUUCGCACUUUAACUCACUCUAGGACAGAAUACAUGUCAAUGUUUUCACAUCUGCACUAUCUUCUCCCUGAAAUAUUCAAGAACCUGGAUAAAGUUGUGGUUCUGGAGGAUGAUGUUGUUGUCCAGCGAGACCUAUCAGCCUUGUGGAGCCUUGACAUGGGAGGAAAAGUUAAUGGUGCUGCUCAGUCCUGUCAUGUGAGGUUGGGUGAGCUGAAAAGUUUUCUUGGUGAGCAUAGUUACAAUCAAGAUGAUUGCACUUGGAUGUCCGGACUGAACGUAAUUGAUCUGGCGAAGUGGAGAGAGCUUGAUCUUUCUCAAAUUUUCCGUGGUUUGGUCAGUGAGAAGCUGAGCAAGCAGGACAAAUCAACGGAUGCUGCUGCAUUGCGUGCAAGCUUGCUUACCUUUCAUGGCCAGGUCUACGCUCUUGAUAAUUCAUGGUCUGUUUAUGGAUUAGGUCAUGACUACAAGGUUAAUGUUCAAGACAUUGAAAAAGCUGCUACAUUACAUUAUAAUGGUUAUUUGAAACCUUGGCUGGAGUUGGGCAUCCCAAAAUACAAAGCUCACUGGAAGAAAUUUCUAGACAGAGAAGACCUGUUCUUGAGUAAGUGUAACAUAAAUCCAUAAUAAGUUGAUGAUUCUACCACACCGUCUACUACAUAGGUUCCAUGAAAUCUGGAGCUCAACUCCAAGUAUAAUUUUCGUUGGCAAAUGGGACUGCUCUCAACUGAUAAGCUGCCAACACAGAACUCAUUUUUAGCUUCAUCCAUAUCAAGUUUGCUUGUGGUGGCUUCUGAUAUCAUGAGUUUUUAUUGGGAGUUGAAGAAGAAGAGAAAGGGAUAUAGAUUUUUCUGUUUGUCUGUCUGGUAGUUGAUUUGUUGAAUGAGAAUCUGAGUUGGAAAGUGUGGCAAAUAAGGCAAAGAAGAUGCACAAAGGGUACCAAUUAUGUUCACCCAGCAGCAGGAUUGGCUUGGAUUUAGCUGUGCAAGUCAAUGAGAACAAGAUUAUUUGUCUGUUGAUGUCACUCAUAUUAAGAUAUAAAUACAUAUAGUUAGAUUAGGUUCUGAUGAUUCUAGUGAAACUAUAAUUUUUUUGACAAUUCGUAUUCAAUUUCAUAAUAGAGUUAUCUUGAGGCACUUUGCCAGUGAGUA